GCCUGUACACAGAUCCAAUUGCAUAAAUAAUCAUGAGUUGUUUACUUUUUAGUGAAAUUUUUAUGAGCUUAGAAUGACACCAUGCGAUUAAACCUUUAACCACGGAGAAUAAAUAGCAGGGAAAUAUUGUGACAGGCAAAUCCCAGUGAUUCAAUGAUAAGGAAAUUACAACAAUGGCAUCAGAGGACGAAAUUAAUAUUUUGGUGAUAGUGAUAGAUGUCAACCCUGUUUGGUGGGGCCAGCAGGCUCAACGUGAACCCAAGUUCACCCUUUCAAAAUGUUUGGAUGCUGUGAUGGUCCUUGCAAAUUCCCACUUGGUAAUGUCAAGAACCAACAAACUGGCCAUCAUUGCAAAUCUCUAUCAAGAGAGCCAUUUCCUAUAUCCCAGUAAAUACUGGAAAUCAGGGGAUGACAUUUCUUCAAGUGGUGAUGGCAAAUAUGAGCUUCUCUCAGUUGCUAAUGACCUCUUCGCUGAACAAAUCAAAAAUCUGAUGGGUAGAGUGCUGAACGUCAGUCAAACAGACACGCACUUGGCCGGAUCGCUGUCCAGAGCUCUGUGUUACAUUCAACGACUGUCAAAGGAAGCGGAAGCGGGGCAGGAUGUGAAAUCCAGGAUUUUGGUGAUAAAAGCAGCUGAGGAUUGUACGUUACAGUACAUGAACUUCAUGAAUGUGGUCUUUGCUGCACAGAAAAAGAACGUCCUGAUCGAUGCCUGUAUGUUGGACACCGACUCAGGACUGUUACAGCAGGCUUGCGAUAUAACUGGAGGCUUAUAUCUGAAACUUCCACAGAAAAUUGCUUUGGCACAGUAUUUAUUGUGGGUUUUUUUACCAGAUGCAGACCAGCGUUCCCAGCUGUUAUUGCCGCCUCCUGUGCACGUGGACUACCGGGCCGCUUGCUUCUGCCACCGAAACCUCAUUGAAAUCGGCUACGUCUGCUCAGUGUGCCUUUCAAUAUUCUGUAACUUUAGUCCAAUCUGCACAACAUGCGAGACUGCCUUUAAAAUGCCUCUUCCUCAGAUGGCCAAAACAAAGAAGAAGAAGAUUAAACUGUAAACUGAUCUAAUUUACCUGCUAUUAAAUCCUGUUUACCUUACCAAUAGAUUUUUGUGUUUCAAAUGCCAGGUCUACCACAUUUUUUGUUAAAAAGCAUUUGUGCUAUUGUUUAAAAAAUAUGUUUAUUGAAACAGUGUGUUUUGAUAUUUUUUCAUACGAAAUAAAGCACCAUUCUUUUAUAAAAAAUGA